AUGAUGAAAAUGCUCGUAAUAUUUUUAGGAUCUUGUUGCGUGUUUGGAUUUAUCAUAAAUUUGAUUGUGGUUUUACCAGUGAUAAAAUUGGCAAUUACGUCAACCAAAAGCCCUGUCUACAUAAUUGCAUCUGUUAAUAUCAUCACCGAUAAUUUCAAUAUUUUAUUAAUCGCAAUUUCUUUGAUUCUCGGACUUUUGAAUGAUGUAAAACAGUAA